AUGAGCGAGAUCACUCACCCCACUAUCAAGGAUGGCUGGUUCUCCGAGCAGUCCGGCAUGUGGCCCGGCCAGGCCAUGAACCUCAAGGUUAACCAGGUUCUGCACCACGAGAAGUCCAAGUACCAGGACGUUCUCGUCUUCGAGAGCAGCGACUAUGGCACCGUCCUGGUCCUGGACAACGUCAUCCAGUGCACUGAGCGUGACGAGUUCUCCUACCAGGAGAUGAUCACCCACCUCGCCAUGAACUCGCACCCCAACCCCAAGAAGGUCCUGGUCAUCGGCGGCGGUGACGGCGGUGUCCUGCGCGAGGUCGUCAAGCACGAGUGCGUCGAGGAGGCCAUCCUCUGCGACAUCGACGAGGCCGUUAUCCGUGUCUCCAAGAAGUACCUGCCCGGCAUGAGCAUUGGCUUCAAGCACCCCAAGUCCAAGGAGUACGUCGGCGACGGCUUCGAGUUCCUGAAGGACCACAAGAACGAGUUUGAUGUUAUCAUCACCGACUCCUCCGACCCUGAGGGUCCCGCCGAGUCCCUCUUCCAGAAGCCCUACUUCGAGCUUCUGAACGAUGCCCUCCGCGAGGGCGGCGUCAUCACUACCCAAGGUUCCGAGAACCAGUGGCUCCACCUCUCCCUGAUCGCCGACCUGAAGAAGUCCUGCAACGAGGUCUUCCCCGUCGCCGAGUAUGCCUACACCACCAUCCCCACCUACCCCUCCGGCCAGAUCGGCUUCAUGGUCUGCUGCAAGGACGCCACCCGCAACGUGCGCGAGCCCGUCCGCUCCUGGACCCGCGAGGAGGAGGAGAAGCACUGCCGCUACUACAACCAGGACAUCCACCGCGCCAGCUUCGUGCUGCCCAACUUUGCCCGCAAGGCGCUCGGUGCGUAA